CUGCAGAGCGGGGUCAUGGUCAGAGUGGGGAGAGAUGUUUUCUGCAUCCUAAUUUUCAUGGUAGUGGAUCUGCCCCAUCUUUGCCCCGCAGUGACAGCACUGCCCACGUCUUCCCCUCCCCAGCGGGUUCCUUCCCUUCCCCUCCCCAGUGUCCUGCAGGGGCAGCUCACUCCCAUCACCCGCAGUGGGCAGCCAGGGGCCGGCCCAGGCGCUGCACUGACAUCAGGGGCCAAGGUCCAGCUUGGAGACUGCACGGCAGGAGCGGGACAGCUGGAGCCGGGCCCCCGCAGCACCAUGAGGCUGGGGCUGCUCUGUGGUCUCACUGCCGCCGCAGCCCUCAUGGUGGUGGGCAGAGCUGACCAUGGAGACACAAAGGUCACACAGCGGAGAGAGGGGAUGAGCGGCGUUGGCCGGCGCCGGCCCCACAGACCCUGCUCCGGGUGCUUCUCCGUCCUGAGCGAGGAGUCGCGGUCAAUGUCAUGGCGUGCCAGCGAGGAUGAUGAGGGUCAGCCGCGCAGGCGGGUGCGUAUGGAGCCAGUGGAGGAGGAUGGUGAAAGGAGAGGGACAGGAGGGAGGACAAGGAACCGCCACAGCCUGAGACACCUCAGCACCGUCCUGCUGCCGCGACAGGAGGUACUGAGUGCCCAGACGGCCUGGCAAAUAGCAAAGAUGGUGCCUUGGCACAGCCCCACGCCAGGAGAGAACCGAGGGCCCAACCAACCCCAGGCCAUGCCCUGAGGCAGUCUGGGGGCGCACCCCCACCAUCCACAGGGUAUAAGUGAGCCUGUGCCUGGGGAAGACCAGCCCCACUGACCACCCUGUGCACCCCCAAAGUGCUUCUGGGGUCAGCCCCCAGGCCCUGCAUUGCCAAGACGCUGAAUAAAGCCAGCGAGCCAGA